GCACCAGAACCUCAUCGUCGCCAUCAAUCUCCCCUCCAUCAAUCUCGUCCCUUGUCUCUUUGUCGACACUGCUUUUGUACAGCUUCGUCGUCAGCCAGACUACGCACGAUGCUGUCUAGAGCUGUGAGACCCGCCCUGAGCGCCGGCAAUCUGGUCCUGGCCAGAUCUGCUGUGCCCCAGACCGCCGGAUAUGCCACUCUCCGAGAAAUCGAAAGCCGAUUGAAGUCCAUUCGCAAUAUUGAGAAAAUCACCAAAACCAUGAAGAUUGUCGCUUCCACUAAGCUCACUCGCGCUCAAAAGGCCAUGGUCGACUCCCGUGCAUAUGGCGAAGCCGCCAAACAAGUUUACGAAGAGGCCGAGACCAAACCGUUGGAGGACAAGAAAACACUGUUGGUCGUUGCCAGCUCCGACAAGGGUCUCUGCGGUGGUGUUCACUCUGGUCUUACCCGUGCCACCCGACGUCUUCUCGAAGCUGAUCCCACUUUGGAUCUCGCCAUUAUCGGAGAGAAAUGCAAAUCUCAACUCGGUCGUUCGAACGGAAAGAAUAUUGUCUUGAGCUUUGCCGGUGUUGGAAAGGAGGUUCCCACUUUCGCCGAUGCUCAAGCCAUCGCCGAUCAACUGGUCAUGCUGCCUGAAGAUUAUGCCAGCAUCAAGGUCCUGUACAACAAAUUCAUCAACGCUCAGAGCUACGAACCCGCGACUGUGGAGGCAUACUCGGAGGAAGCCAUCACUUCAUCACCAAACUUUGCUGCCUUUGAAAUUGAUGACGAGGUCCUUGCCAACCUGCGAGAGUACUCGCUGGCCAACUCCAUCUACUGGGCGUUGGCAGAAGGUCACGCUUGUGAAAUCUCCGCCCGAAGAAAUGCCAUGGAUAACGCAUCCAAGAACGCAGGUGACAUGAUCAGCCGAUUUACAAUUCUAUACAACAGAACCCGACAAGCUGUGAUUACCGGAGAAUUGGUGGAAAUCAUCACUGGUGCCACUGCCUCGGAGGAUAUGUAAGCGGAUCGAGGGAGCUGCUUACAUUGUUUUGUUAGAAUGGAGAAUGGGACCAGAAAAGAAUUAACAACGUCUAGUUGUACAUAAACCAACACAAUUUCAUUUUCUCCAUGCUUAUCUUCCACCCCUGUUCACGCAAAUGUGUCAAUCUGGUCUUUGUCUUUCUCACCAUGUCUUACUGUUUGUCAUAUAUCCGCAUGUUGAUCGAUGAUCAUGUUGACCUAGAUGCACAUGUUUCUUUGUCGAGUUUUCAAGACUGCC